CCUACGCUCUCGCUCUCUGCCACCGACUCUCAUCUUUCUCGUAAUAUACCCCGUAACAAGUUCAUCGUGACCGACCGCCACUUUUCUUGUCGCACUCGACUCAACGUCGCGACGUACUGUAAAUCUCGACCGACCUCUCAUCAAAAUAAAAAGUAAUUUAUUCCAAAUCAAACGUUUGUCGUUUUUUCUUAGAGUUAAGUUCGUCGUGGUUACGCAAGUAGCGACGACGUUGGAGGUUCUCUACUGAUAAUACGAGAACUUCCACAUUGGUGACCUCACAAGUCGUAACACGCGCUAAUAGCCACCCGUCUUAGCCGUCCCGAACGCGCACCAAGUACAAUCAGACUCGCGUGGCCGUAUCGCCGUGACCGCGGACACUAGUCCUGAUCCUCCGCCCCGCGUAUCACCUUGGAUCGCUCGCCAUGGCCAACGAGCAGCAACAAUCGGACCACAACUUGCAAAUUGCCAACCCGCCCGUCAGUAACACGACCGCUUCACCCGCGAUUGACGUGGUCGCCAAUUUUCGACUCUUGACAUUUUGGAACCAGUCGCCCACGUUCUGGUUCAAUCAUGCUGAAGCUAUGUUCGCGGCACAACGCAUUACAUCUAACGCGUCGAAAGUGCAUUAUGUCGUUGGAGCACUAGACCAGGCGACAAUUCGAACCGUCGGCGACCUGCCCGGAAUUUCGGCGUCGUAUGAGGCAAUACGCACGCGCCUCACCGAAGCAUUCGCAACGUCAAACGCUGCCAAGUACCGGGAACUGGUCCGACCGGGAGGUUUAGGCGACCGACGACCGUCACAACUGCUCCGCGACAUGCGCGGCAACCUGCCGCUUGGCAUAGGUGAAGAGGCGCUGAAGGAAUUCUGGAUGCAGAGACUGCCGUCAAGCAUCAGAGUCGUCCUCAUCAGUCUCGACGCCUCGCUUGACUCAAUAUCCGCACGUGCGGAUCUCAUCAUGGACGCGUCCAACCCUUUAGACGUCGACGCGGUCAGCAGAGAGGCUGACACGGAUCUCACCGGAACUGUUGCGGCACUGGCUAAGCAGGUGCAGGCGUUGACACAGCUGAUCAGCUCGUCUGCAGAGCCGCAGCAACGACACUCAUCACCGACUGACGUAGGACAACUACCGUCGUCACAGAGGUGCUUCUAUCACGAAACGUACGGCGCCAAGGCUCGAAAGUGCCGUCCGCCGUGUAAUUUCCGUCCACGGGACAACAGCGACUCUGCUCCGGCGGAAAACUAAACGGC